AUGGCAAACAAAAUGGUCGCCGAGAAUUUGCUCAAAGCAGCGCAUGUGGCUCCUGAAAUCUUCGAGCUACGACCAGACUAUCGAGCUCUCUUGCUGAUCGUGGAGGGGAUUCCACCAGGCCCUAGCGAUGAGACUAGCGAGAAGGUUCUCCAAGAAGCAGAGAGUCAUGUCAAGGAAAUGGCCGCCAGUGCUUCUAUCACCGAAUUCCCUCAUAUCGCAACGUGGAGAGAAGCCUACAAAGGCUUCGGAGCCAAGCCGAACAAGACACGGAACAGCCUGGAAGCCUUAACUCGUCGCGCUGAGAAUGGAUUACCACGUAUCAAUCGAUUGACGGAUAUCUACAAUGGCAUUUCUGUCAAAUAUCAGAUCCCUUUUGGUGGCGAAGAUCUAGAUAAAUACGACGGGACCGCAUUCCUGCGACGCGCCACUGGCAAAGAGCCCUUCCAAACUUUCUCGGGUGGAGAGCCUCAAACCGAGCUCGCUACAGCUGGAGAGCCCAUCUGGUGUGAUAACACGGGCAUCACUUGCCGACGUUGGAACUGGCGACAAGGCCCUCGGACCGCGUUGACAGAUGACUCUACGCGGGUGUUAUUCAUUCUCGAUGCAUUGAACCCACUUUCGGACGAUACUUUGAUCCAAGCCGCAGAUGAGCUUGUAGCCUUGCUUAAGGGCCUCUCUCCGGAUGUUCAGACAUCUAGACGUCUUAUUGAUUCUUCCGCGUGA